GCUUGAAGGAGCUACCACAAAAGCAUCUUCCAAGUCCUCCCUCUUCGCCUUUCUCUUCAAAUCCAAACACUGGACCCCAUCUCCCCUGCUCCCAGCCACCGGAAAAGAAUGGUCGUACCCAACGCCACCAUUAAGUUCCUCUGUAGUUACGGCGGUAAAAUCCUUCCCCGUUAUCCCGACGGCAAGCUCCGUUACCAGGGCGGCGAAACUCGUGUCCUCGCUGUCGAUCGCUCCAUUUCCUUUUCGGGUCAGUACUCUGUAUUUUCCUCCUCUUUUUUUUAUUUUUUAAUUUAAAUCUCGUCCUGUCUACCUGUUCUGCGUUUUGAAUUCGCUUAAAUCAAAGCGAUAAUCAUUAGAUAUUUAGAUAUCUGUUUGGUUGAAAAUUUGAAUUUUAUUUUGAAAAAAAAAAGGAAGAAAGUGCUGGUUAUUUUCCAGUGCUUGAUUGAUUGUUGAUGUGGAGUGAAAUUAUGGUGUGGUACAGAGCUCUCGUUGAAGCUCGGAGAGAUGUGUGGUACGGCGGUGUGUUUACGGUGCCAGUUACCGGCUGAGGAUCUGGACGCUCUGGUGUCGAUCACCUCCGAUGAGGAUCUAGCCAAUCUCAUCGAGGAAUACGAUCGUGUAGCAUCACCACCGUCCUCUUUAAAGAUCAGAGCCUUCCUUUCGCCGCCAAAAUCUACCAAAAAAUCCAUUUCUCCUCCUCCAUCAUCAGCUUCGUCCUCAAAGUCUACAUGCCCUACUCCUAGACAGCCCUACAUCCGCCCGCUCUCAGCUCCGGUGGCUUUCCCACUCUGUAUGGAGAAAUCGUCGGGAAAGGCUCCUCACUAUGGAUAUCACGCGCAUCACGGAAGUCCGAGCCAUAUCUACCUCAUUCACAACGGAAACCACUGGCAAUAACAACCGGAAGCUGGAGAUCGGUGCUCAGUCUACUUUGAAUUUCAGAAAGAGUAAAGAAUACUGCAAGGAGAAGAAGGGACUAAAAAUUAAAUAAUAAAAAAAUUAAGUGAUAUGAUUAUGAUGUAACUGUAAAUCGUGAAGAAGAAGAAGAAGAUAUGCUUUUGAUGCGUGGACAUUAAAUGAAUUAUGAACACACCAAUAUCAUUCUGGAUCUCCCAAAAACCAUUUUUGUGAUGGUGAGUUUGUUCAUCCUUCUGCUUUGGAUGUUUGUGAUUCAGUCCUGCCAUUCACAGCAACCUUCAUUUUUCCACUUUUCCCCUCCAUUUCUCAGUUCAGCACCGUUUGCCCUUUAACCGUAAAAUCUGUUUUUGUUUUUGUUUGUUUGUUUGUGUUUUUUUUUUUUUUUUUUUUUUUUAACAAUUGCGUGUAACGUUUCUGAAUAUGAAGCUUAUCCUUUUUAGUCUACCUUUAGGUCUAAUCGUUGGUUUGCACGCAUGUAGUCUGUCUGUUUGUGUUGCGAGUGGGUUAUUAGUUAUCCUCACCGUAUGCUUUACGUUUUUUCCUUCUUUCUACAUGCGUUUUUUUCCCUUUUUCUUUUUCCAUUUUGUUCUGAUUUGGCUUCUUGUGUUUUUUAGUACAGUUUUGUCAUUGAUUUUCUCGUAAUUAUGAUUUUUAUGGUUUUCAGAUCUGUAUUUCUGCAGGUUUAAUGAAGAUCUUGUGUUGAUGAAGAUCAAUGGGUUGAACUUUUAAGUUCAAGGACCUGAAAUGGUAAGUUCAUAUUGAAUUUUGUUCUGAAUUAUUGUUUUCAGGAGUUGGGUUGUUCUUGUUUUACUGAUUUGGUGAUCUUAUGGUCGCUUUUCUAUAAAAUUGAAUAGAAAUU